UGUCAGUUUGUCCACCAGAAUGUGUCGGAUGUUUCAGCUCAUGAGAAGAACUUACGAGACAGGAAACUGCUCUUGCAGCAGUUAAAUGAGAUGACCCAGGCAGCAGCCAAAAUGGAAAAGAAAGAGGAGAACAUGAGCUUCACUGAUGUGAUGGAGUACAGUCCAGACACUGGGAACUGGUACAUUCCUGGACUCUGGAAUGGAAACCCACCAAUGGCACCAGUCAAUGCAGGGUACAGCGAAGCUGUAUAUGAGCUCAAGAAAAAUGUAAUCCAAAUUUUGGGACGUUGUGAGUCAUCUGCUAAUAAUAUCUUGGAGUUUACAGAGUGGAUGAAAAACCUGUGGAAUGCAGUAAAGCAUGAAAACUUCAUCUUCAGCUUCAGAAACAGUCUGGUGGCUGAUGCAUACGUGAGGCUGUGCACAGAAUUCAACAAAUGGGAAUGGGAAUUCAAAAAAGAAAUGUACACAUGGGUUACAAAUGCUGAGACAAGAAUUUCCAAUUUUGGCAAAUUUGCUGUGGAAUCUGAGAUACCUGACAUGAGAGAAUUUCUUGACCAUUUGAAAAGUGAAGCGUGCACAGUGCUGACGGAAUGGGAGACAAAGCUUCUUGACAAUUUGACACAGUACUUCAAGCAAACAGAGGGUCACGUCUAUCUAGUUGAAGGAUACAGAGAAGACUUUGCAAACAGUGCAAAGAGCCUUCGACAAGAAAUGGAGAGGUCUGUGUUUAAUCAACUCACAGCAACAGCUGACAUCAGACAGGGAAUGACAGAACUUGAUAAAAUCAAAGAGAACCACGCAAAAGAAUUAGAGGGCAGAGUGUGUGCAUUGAUUGAACAAUGUCGGGGAAAAAAUGUUGAGAUGACAGUCUAAGAGUUUGACAAAGAAUUUGAUAAGAUGUGGAACAGAAUGGUGAAGGAACUCUCCUUCUCUAAGCAAAAGCCUGCAGAUGUCUUUGCAAGUGUGUACCACUACCUGAGAGAAAAUCUAAGACGUAAGGGAAGUCAUGUCUGUCAAUUGCUCAGUAAAAAAACCCUGUCAGAAUGUGGACUUGUUCCUUUCAGAUAUACUGCAGAAGGAUUCUUCAAUCAGUUGAAACACAUAAUCACCAAGUUUUUCAACACUGAAGAUCACAUAAAGUCUGUACAGCAAAUGGCUGACAGUAUCAUAGCAGAUUGCAAACAGUAUGUUACUGGAAAAGUGGUAAGUAAAAGCAAUUACCAUGACACUUACAUUCAGGAGAUCCUCCACAUGAUUGACGAGAAGCUGCAAAACAAUAAGGAAGUGAAGACAGAUGUUGAGUUUGAAGUUUCUCUGAAACAGCACAUCUGUGGAGAUGCAGCCAGACAGUUUCAGAAAAUGCAUGAAGAUUUCAUAUAUGAGAAUGAUCCCUACAGAUGUCUGAAUGAAAACAAAGCCAAGUUUCGCGCUGAUUUUAAAGAUGUGUUCCAUAAUCAAGACCAGUGCCAGAAGAAGGCAGAAGAAUUCACAAACCGCUGCCUGAAGCCUGCAGUCGAAGACUUUGUCAAGCGUUCCUUGGGUCCUGAUAUCUUUGGUGAAAUGAUGACAAGCCAGCAGUUCAGAACACGAAUAUACCUCCAGUAUACAAUUUUACUGGAUCUGCUCACAACGAAUGACUUUAAAAGUUAUCUGAGCUACACUGGCUCAUAUGAGUAUUAUGUAAAGAAAUGGAUCCUUGACCAAAUAGUUGAACGCUUCUCAAAAGGGUCUAUCAUGUUUGAGCUUGAGGAUAAACAUGUUCAGUCAAGCAUCAGGAACAUAACUAAUGCUAUCAUCAAAGCUAAAACCAAAAAGAGUUGCAACUUAAGAACAUUUGUUGAGGAUGUCUGUCAGGAACUUGGUGUUAAACUGGUCAUUUCCCAGGAUGCUCUUGGUGCUUUCAUGAUCCUGAACAAUACCAACCCGGAACAGUUUGCUCACUGGCUCACCGACUGUCUGAAGGACAUGGCAGAAGCUCUUACAGAGAAGUUUAAAGAAACAAACGUCCAAACAAAACUAAAACAACUUCAUGUGAAUCCUCAGAACGAGCUUUUCACCAAACUGAUUGGAUGUGGUAAACAGUGUCCAUUCUGCAAAGCACCUUGUGAGGCAGGAGGAAAAGACCACACUGAGCACUGGACGUCACUACAUCGGCCAGAGGGUCUGGGCAGAUACAGGUGGGACAGGACAAAAGAACUUGUUACUGACGUAUGCACUUCCUUGGUGAUCAGUGACAACCGUUUUCGCUGCAGUGCUACAAAUGGUGAAUGGCAUUCUUACAAGCUUUACAAAGAAAUUUUCCCUGACUGGAAAAUUGUUCCAGACGUAAGCCUUCAGGCAUCAGACUACUGGAAAUAUGUGAUGACAAAGUUCAACAAAGAGUUUGCUGAAAGAUAUGAAGCAAAGCCUGCUGAUAUUCCAGACACUUGGAGAGAUAUCAAAUAUGAGCAGGCAGAGAAGAGUCUCAAAGAGUCAUUUAACAUCAAGUGA